CGCGAGUUGGCGCCGGGCCUCGGACUAGAUCGCGCGUUCGCGCCAAUUCUGAAUUCGAACGAAAUAUUGUUCCUUUUAAUUUAAAAACCAAAUAGGUAUAAAGAUACUGGCAUUUGAACAGAAGUAAAUCUAUUUGAAUUCGUGUAAAGAAUAGACAAAGAAGUUAAGUUUGAUUUACUUUUUGUGUGUAGUGAGUGCGCGUCUUUAUUUUCCUGAAUGGACAAUGGGACUACUCAUCUAGUUUAUUACUUCGCGAGAAAAUGAAAUCGUGCGCGUACGCGAAAUCUACAUCGCCAUGCAGCGUUGCCCUUACAUCCACGAGAUGAAAGAGCGGCUGCUUGGCGCGCCAUUGGAAGGGGAUUCUCGAGAGCUGCGGGAAGUCCCUCGGGACAGGGCCCCGGAGCCCGCCCAGGACACCCAGGUCGGCACCAUCGUCAAACUGAAUUCCGACGGGUACGGGUCACAUACGUCGCCGGCGCGCGCGCCCCUCGUGGUUGAGGAGUGCGAUGCGCCGGCGGACGAGACCGACGCCUUGACGCCUAGUGAGGCAAUACUCCGGUAUAGGGCGUGUUGCCAACCUGAGACUACUCCUAAGAAUGCCAAAACAUCGCUGUUCAUCAUAUCAAGUUUCAUCUACGCGAAGCUUUUAGUAGUGGUUUGCAUUGCUUACGUCAUCAGUGACGUCAUCACCCACAACCUACCCCUUUACUACUACGAGGGCUUCUUCACCUACUUAUAUGGCAUGAGCAUAUUGUUUUUAUUGUACGUCUUCUGCUUCCUACUUCAAGAGAGCGCAUGCUGCAGCGGAAGCCCUCCAAAACCAAAACCACCACCAAAAGAGAAGAAACCGAAAAAAGAAAAAGAAAAGAAAACCAAAGAUAAGGAAGCAAAAGAGGGGAAGGACGGUAAAGAAGGAAAAGAUGCUAAGAAAGACAGCAAAAAAGAAGGAAAAUCUAAAGACAAGGAUAAGGAAAAGGAUGGCGCUAAAGAAAAGGCAGCUAAAGACGCCAAGAAACAAAGCCAGUUUCAGCAACAAGACAUCGUUGAAUUGGAGUCUGGACCUGUGGCGAGGCCGGUACGCAGGCGCAAGACUUCCCAAAAUGACCACAGCCAUGGUAGCUUUUUCCUUCGAAUUGGUGCCAUUGCUUUUGGACUUGGAACAAUGAUCUACAAUGGUUUGGAGUUUGGCACUUUCUUUGAGUUGCCAUUGGAGUCACCCUGUUAUCUUAUUUUGAAAGGUGUCAACCCAGUUCUUCAAAUGGUCUUCACUUUCAUGCAAAUGUAUUUCAUCUUCAUGAACUCUCGGUUAAAUAUCCACCGAUUCAAAGUGAUAGCUCGUUUUGGGCUGAUGCACGUCGUAGCUACCAAUAUUUGUGUGUGGAUUCGAACAUUAGUAUUAGAAUCCUUGAAAGAAAUUACGGACUACCACGUAAGGAAUCCCCUUGGAGUAACUGGAGAAGGUGUUCUCGGCAAAGUGAUCCGGAAGCACACCCUGAGGCAUUCUGGUAAAGUGAUUGGAGCUGCUUCCACUGCUGCUACGACUGUAGCGGCAACUGCAGCGACUACAAUAAAAUCAGCUGGUGAACACAUGUUGAACAUUGUCACAACUACUGCAGCUGCCCCAACUACUGUCACUACAUCAACCACGACAACUAAUAAUUCAUUGGAGAUAUUUGAGUCAUUUGAUGCUCUGAAUCCAGCGCCAUUGAUUGCCAACAUCGACAACUCCACUGUGUGCGGAAGAAACCCAAUUAUGGGUAGUAUAGUAUCUGACUCCGCACCGUAUCUUUAUCCGUUCAUCAUCGAAUAUUCCCUUAUUGGAGCUGCUGUUAUUUACGUCAUGUGGAAGCAUAUUGGCCGCUAUCCUAGUGUGGCCAACGAUGAAGAUCUGGAAAGACGUCUGGAGGCUGUUCUAUCCCGCAGGGCAGCAGCACUUGCAGCGGCUCAACGUGGCAACCGUGUUGAUUGCGCUGGAGCUUCCAAGGGACUCUUCUGUGGACUUCUUCUACUGGUCGCAUCACUGAUCUGCUUGAUACUCUUCUUCGUUUUGAUAAGACACCAGGAGUUGAAGCGCCUGUCGAUUUAUUUGGCUGACGUAUCUCAUUGCGCACUGAUGGUGCUCUCUAUUCUGGCAAUUUUGAUUGGAUUUAUACGUGGUCGUGUAAUGAAGUGGAGUGCGAGCCCUCCCUCCUGUACCGAGCCUCUCCGCAGGGUACAAUCAUUGAAGUUCCGCUCCGAAGAACAGUCGGACCUCAACGACAUCUUGCUGCGUGUGUCUGCGUUUGGACUCUUCGUCUAUGCCGUGUUCAGCGUCAUUGCUGGUGGAAUGGGAGCCUUUACUCACGAACCGAAUUUGCUCGUCAUGAUAACUGGAUGCUUGAGUGUACUCCAGGUGGUCCUUCAACUGCUGUUCAUUGCCGAUGUGUCUCGCCGCCGCGUCCACCUCCCAGAGCAGGAGCGCAGUAAGCCCGCCCGCCAGGCCGUCACCUUCCUUCUCAUCUGCAAUGUUACCAUGUGGCUCAUCUACACCUUCGAGGCGCAGAAAGUACUUGCUAACCCGGUGCAACUUGAUUUUUACGGUUUCGUCGCCUGGUCCCUCGUCCAACGUUUCACUCUCCCGCUUUGCAUUUUCCAUCGCUUCCACUCUGCUGUGACUCUAGCUGAAAUAUGGAAGACCAGUUACAAAGCGCGCUUGGAGUGAGAACCUACAAGACAAAGGGAGAAUUGGAAAACGCAUCCAAUCAUUAACUUUCAGCACCUCCGAGGUCGGGAGAAACUACCAAUUUCGUCCUAAUCCGGGACAACAAUUUUUGUAGUUAGAAUGAAUAAAAUUUGUUGCUAGUUUCAGAAUCAUCUGCUACCUAUUCCUAAAGUGUUAUAGAUAUAGGACCGUGUGACGAAUUAAGAGCGAUACCAUUCUGAUUUGUUGAGCUGCGAUAGUUUUGCUAUCCUGAAAUGAUGCGUGUCUAUAGUACCUACCUAGUCAAAUCAAAAUACUUACACCCGAAUAUAAACUAGAGAUCAUCACAUAAUUAGGUUGAUGUUUCUUAUCUCCUUUUUUAUUUUUCUUUAACAUUCCAUUUUAACUUUACAGUUUUUUCAUCAGUAAUGUCUAUUUUUUCUUGGAAGACUGACUGUGGAGACUAACGUGACCAAACAUAUAUAUUUUGUCAACUUAUUUUGUGAAAUAGAUACGUAAACUGAAUUGCUCAUUAUUCAGAUUUUCUAUAUCUUCUUGGAAGUUUGUUUAAAUAUUUUGAUGAAUUUAAAAACCAUGAAACGAAUCAUGAUAAUAGAUGAGUAAUCCCCAGUUGUGAAGCGUUCCCUCCUUUGUUAGAGGUAAUUUGUGUGCCAUGGUUUUAGGAUUAAGACUUAAUUAAAAUUCGACAAUAUUUUAAAAUUUCUUCAUUAUUUUAAACGGGGUAAAAUUUUCAAUCAACUUUAACAACAUCAAAGUCCACUGCAACUGAACAAAAAUGAAUAAACUUCAUGUUCACUUAUUCGAAGUGAUACAUACUUGUUUAGAGUAAAAUAAUAUUAAUUAUGUACUAUAUUUAAAGUUUCAGGAGAUUUAUUAGCCACAUAAAUUGGAUUAUAAGCAAGUAGAGAUAUUAUUGGAAGUUUAAAAUACGAUAUUCGUUAAGAACGUAAGUAGGUGUGAAAGAAAUACAUUAAUUCUAUGUACUUAACUAUAGACGAAUACGAGAGUAGAUAUACCGCUUGUGCUGCUAAGUAGCUUGGUUUGAGAAAUCACUUCGAUAUUGAGUUUAUUGCAAGGGGCCAUUGUUUGUCAAAUCAUAAAACAAUCUUCAUUCACCACAAUAUGCACAUUUUUGUAAUUAGCAUUGACGUUAGAGGAUUCAGUCAUACUGUAGAUGACGUUACGAUACCAUAGAUGGCUUACGAGUAUCACGGCUUUGUGAAUUCUUUACAAUGGAUAGCAUUACUUAUUGGUAAUGUGAAAUCGUUUGCGUAACUUGAAGAAUGAUUUAUAAAAGCGAGGUUUUUGAGGCGGUAUAAAUAUCAAAAAUAAAUAUCUUAUUUAAGAAUACUAUUUUAAUUGUGUUAAGAUCUUUUCUGCAAAAUAUUUUCUUAAUGGUCUUAUGUGCAAUCUAUUUUUAUAGGCUGACUUAUUUACACGUGAAUGUAGUGCGGUCUUAACAUCGCGUUUAGCACGUGAUAUCAUUUCAGUGUUAUACAUUUUGUAUAAAAUAGUUCAUACUCGAUUAUUUAUAUUACAAUAUUUAUUAAUUUUGUAAAUUAACAUAAGGGUAAUUUGUAAUUUAUUGCUCUAGGGGUCUGAGAGUAACGUGUGCUUACGACGUGAGGUUUUGAGUGAAUGUAGGUAGUUAGUUUUGACUGGUUUAUAUUUGAAAUGUUAAAUGGUAAUUUAUUGAUGCAAAUUAUGCGAGAACUUGCAACAGUUGCAACUAAAUAGAAAUCAGAAUCUUGAAUAAAAUGUAAGAAAUCUAGCAUUAACAUGAAUGGUCAAUGUGAAAUAGAACCAAGUGCGUUUGGCUUGUUUUAUCACUGCCGAUAUUUUUAACAACACUAAAUUUUAUUAGUAAGUCCUUUGAUAAAACUAUACUAUUUCUAACUUGUUCAAUUUUGUAGGUGAUAUUUACUGUGUACCUUAAAUGUUUGGAACAAAAUGUACCGAUGUUUGUAACUUUAGGUUUAACAAUUAUCAUACUGUGGAUACUCAAUCAGUGUUAUAUAGAGAUACCAAAAAUUAAAAUUUGGAAAUUCUACUUUAAAAUAUAUGAUUAAUAUUAUGUAAAUGUCUAUUUGAA